ACCACCGGCCAGCGCUGUCUUUCGUUCAAAUUCUUGCAAUUGGCAUUUCACUCUCUUUAUCAUUUAAGAUGUUCAAUUCUUUGUCUCUCUCUACCGCCGCUUUGGCAGCUCUUCUUCCUCUCUUUGUAAAUGCGCAGAUCGCCAGAGUCAGCCCGGCAUACAAUUAUGAAUUCCAGUUCCCUCUCCCGAUCAUGCCAGUGAAGGUCCCCACCACGUAGGAGGUUCAGUUCCAUUUUUUCUUGGACCCUGGAUAUCUGACGAUUUCUCCAGGUCUUACACCAACGCUACCACUGGCGUCACCAUUGACUUUUAUGAAGUCACCAUGCAGGCAAUCACUAAGAAUUUGUUCCCUGACCUUGGGGAUGCAAACUUGGUUGGAUACGACGGUCAAGUACCGGGGCCUACCUUUCGCAUCCCAAAGGGUAGAGAGACUGUCGUCCGUUUUGUGAACCAGUUCAAUCGCUCGGCCUCGGUCCAUUUGCAUGGGUCCUAUAGUAAGUCCCCCUUAAAAUUAGUAAUCAGGGGAAUAAUUGCUCACCGGGAUACUUUUAGGCCGUGCACGUGAGUCGUUCCUGUGUAGAUCCACCCAGGUCGUGUUACCUUAACUAACACCAAAUAGCCUUCGACGGAUGGGCAGAAGAUAUUAUCCAACCGCAGCAGUACAAGGACUACUAUUAUCCCAACAGCCAAACCGCCAGGACUCUUUGGUAUCAUGUAUGGAUUCCCCAAACAAGUCCGAUAAGACAAGAUCCCUACUAACCCUUUUCCCGCCUUUUUUUUUUUUUUUUUAAUAUAGGAUCACGCAGUUGGAAUAACCGCUAUAAACACUUAUGCCGGUCUCGCGGGAAUGUAUAUUCUCGAUGAUGCCGCUCAGGACGAAGCCCUCGACCUUCCCCGUGGAGACUAUGACAUCCCGCUGCUCCUGCACUCCCGCAGAUACACUGCGAGCGGCGACAUUACGGACGAAUCCAGCGAGCUGAUAAGUGUGUACGGGGAUACCUUCUCCGUCAACGGCCAGAUCCUCCCGCACCUUGUGGUAGAGCCACGCAAGUACCGCUUCCGCGUGCUCAACGCGGCUGCAAGCCGGACCUUCAACAUCACGCUCCAGGCCGCGGAGUCACAGACGAACAAGAAAUUUCACGUCAUCGGCUCUGACGCUGGGUUGAUGUCAAACCCCGUGGAGACCGAGUCGCUCGUUACCGCCAUGGCGGAGAGAUGGGAGGUAGUAAUCGACUUUUCCGACGUGGCCGGUCAGAACGUGACGAUGUUCCACGCCGACUGCUUCGUCGACACAGCCUACAUUGGCUCCGACAAGAUUAUGCAAUUCCGCGUCGGGACGACGGUCUCCUCGCAAGUUGGUAACGGCCCUCUUCCCGCGACGCUCGUGAGCCUGGACCUACCGACGGAUCACGUGACCAUCGACCAAACAUUUGCGUUCGGAAGAACCAAUGGGCAGUGGACUAUCAACGGGCAGACAUUCUCGGAUGCUGCCAACAGAAUCCUUCGCAACGUCCCGCGAGGCACAACCGAGAAGUGGCAACUCACAGGCGGGAAUGGAUGGUCACAUCCGGUGCAUAUUCAUCUCGUUGACUUCAAGAUUGUUUCCAGAGCGAAGACAAACCAGAAUUUGACCACUGGCAGGAACGGAGUCACGCCGUAUGAAGCGGCCGCCCUCAAGGACGUUGCUGUCUUGGGUAAUAAUGAGGUUGUUACGGUCCUUGCCAAAUAUGCAGUAUGCCCCUCCUCCCUCCCCUCUCCCUGCACGGAACUCAACACAAGCUAAUUUGGUAUAGCCUUGGGACGGCGUAUACAUGUUCCACUGCCACAACACUAUCCACGAAGACCACGACAUGAUGGCGGCAUUCAACGUGACCGCGCUCCCGGACUUUGGUUACCCGGAGACCACCAAGUUUGAAGAUCCCAUGGAAGCUCGCUUCAGGGCCGUGGCAUAUACCGGUUCAUCCCUCGACGAGGUCCAGCAGAAGCUGCAGUUCUUCUCCUCACUGUCGGCGUAUUACGAUGUUGUCGGUAUUGAAGAGGCGUUGGAUAAUUAUCACGGGGACAACUAAUCCUAAGCUGGGGGGGAUUUCUUUUAGUGGAGCGGAGUGGGGGUAGGAGUGAUGGAUUUAUAUUUAUAUUUGACUGCUAACUUACAUACCGCCGCUUGCUUCUCAUUUAUCAUACUGUUAAUUAAACCCGAUGUGAUCUCCUUUUGUAGCCGUUUUUGUUCUCUGGAGCGGGGCACACCCGUUCGUUCGUUCGUUAGAUAGAGUGAACAGAUGGAGGAGGAGGUUGUAUGUAACUAAUGGUCCUGGUCUUAAUUACCGACUGGUCAUGCUAGAAGAACUGGGUAUAUAAAUUGCCUCAUCCAAUUC